AAGAAAGAAUUUGGAGGAAUCAAGUUUAGCCGCUUCAGCGGCAGGCCGUAUUAUGGCAAUGUCAAAUCUUGGGAUUGAGCUAUCAGUCCUAUGUCUAAUACUGAUAUCAAUAUUGCAUCUCUCCCAUGGAGAUCCAUGCGGACUUGUGAACCUGAACGAGCGCAGUAUAGUUCUUGUGGGUGAGGUAAAAGCUGAAAUCCGCACGAACUAUUCGCAUGUACUGCUUAUUCGCGUAUUGGAAAACGUGUACGGUGAAACAUUGGACAAUGAAGUGAACGCAUCUCAAGUAGAUAAAGCGCGCUCUUGUGGGAAUCCGCUUGAGAUCGGUGAUCAAAGAAUUUUUGUAAUUGAGACGCAUCCUGGCAAUAAGAAAUACACGCUAGCCGCGUCUCUUCCGUUGGCUUUAAAACAUCUUGCAGUGAAUGCAAGAAGGGAAAAACUUGAAAGUCGUGAGGAACUUGAAACGUACUUUGCAGCAGACGAUGAAUCUGUUUGUAACACUGAUUUCAAGUGCCACAAUGGGGGAUACUGUAUUGUUAUUCCUACUGGAAAAGCAAUAUGUCGUUGUCCUAUUGUUUGUACCAAGGAAUAUGAUCCAGUUUGUGGCUCAGACGGCAGGACUUUUCCAAAUCCUUGCGUCGUGAAGUACGAAUCUUGUUUGAAACAAAAGAACAUCACUAUUGUUCACUAUGGUCAUUGCGGAGUCUCAAGUUGUAAGGACGUCCUCACGGAAGAACUAGGUAAAGAUGACGGGGAAUACGCUCUUCAACUUAACCCAAAUUGCCAGCUUCCCGUUCGUGUGUACUGCCAUGGCAUGAACACAUCACAACCCAAGGAAUACCUUACCCUCCCUCGUGGGACGAAAAAUAACUACGCCAUCGUCUAUGACAGAAGAUUACCAGCCUCUCCUGUGAACAUGAGAUAUCGCUGUGAUGGAACUCCUGGUGAACACGUAUACUCGCGAGCUGGUGUGACACGGUUUAACAAAGUACGCCUGGAUAUUACGAAGAUGUCCGUGAUAACAGAUGACUACACCUUCGCUACAGUACAAUCUGGGAGAUCCAUCGAAUUCGGUGAAGCUGGAGAUUGCUUUUCUGCAAAUCCGGGACGGUGUAGAAAGGGGAGUUUUAAGAUCGAUCUUUCUGAUACUGGACUUCGUGUCGAUAGUCAGGUGGCAUGGAGAGCAAAUGGGUUUCCACUUGGUAUACGAAUGCAAGAUUUCUAUAGAUCAAGUACUGGCCAUGUUAUUUCGGCAAAAUGUGGAGGAUGGUGUGGUCAUUGUGGACCUGAAGGUGAUCUCCAGUUAACGCAAGAUGAGUGUCUAAGACAGGAAGAUCCUUGCAAAGCAACUCGUUGUCCUUAUUAUUCAAUCUGUUUACCACAUCCUGGCUCUGAGCUGGGAUACAAGUGUGUUUGUCCAAGCGCUUGUUCUCAAGCGAUUUCGCAAGUUUGCGGGAGUGAUGGUCGAACCUAUGAUAAUGAAUGCUUGAUGCAACAAACAGCUUGCUCUAGUAAAACUAUGAUCACACUGGUUAAGCUCGGAACUUGUGUCAGUGGUCAUUCUGUUGACAUGGUUUAUUUGACGGAUUUCAGUGGAGAACAAAGACAAGCAAUGCUGACAAAAACAUACACUUUCUUUCAAAACUUAUUGAACUUUUUUGACUUUUCCUCAAUGUUUACCAAUGGUCAAGAUCUCGCAAGCUUACGAUCUUUUAUUCAAAAUACACCAAACAAUCCAUAUCGCAAGCCGUUGGAAACAAUCUUAUCAGAGUUACACGGAAAUUUUACGACAAUGCUAAGCAACGGGUAUCCACGCUCAGCCAUACCAAAAGUAUUGAUCGUUGCCAGCGAUGGACGAUCAAUCGUGGAUCGCCAACAGUUUGAACAAGCAGCAAAAGCCUUAAAAGAUCUUGGGGUGAUGAUUGUGAUAUUUGGUGUUGGGGGUAGAAGUUAUUUUGAUAAGAUGAGUCCGGCUGCUUCAAGUGAUAGGUACAGAUUCUGGGCAAGGUACGAAAUACAAGUCCCAUUGGAGACAGCAAAUGUUGCAAACGCUAUUAUCUUAGGUUUACAGAGCUGUCAAUGGAUGAGAUGUCAGUAUCACAGUUAUUGUAUUCAACAUCGUAUUGGGCGAGCCGAGUGUGUUUGUCCACUGGCAGGUGACCACGUCGAUCCUGUGUGUGGAAGCAAUGGUAAAACAUACAUCAAUAAUGAAGUUCUUAUUCAAGACUCGUGUCGUAGAAAGACGUUUAUUACGUCACAACGAGGAGCUUGUGUUGUAGGCGCUUGCAGAAGUUUCACUUGCAACCACUAUUCAUUCUGUGAACUAAACAGCGUACGUGUUCCGAAAUGCGUGUGCCCGACCUCGUGCAGUUCACGACUAGAGCUUGUCUGCGGCAGUAAUGGACAAGUUUAUGAGAAUGAAUGCGCGUUACGAAGAUGGUCAUGUCAGAAUCAGCUUUACGUCACCGUCGCUUAUACAGGACCUUGUAAAUCGGGUCCAAUCGACGUUGUUUUUGCUAUUGACGGCUCCAGUAAAACAGAUCCAAGUCGUUUCGUACAAAUGAAGAACUUCCUAAGAAGCAUCGUCUCUUAUUUGCCUUUAUCAAGAUCGGAAGUCAAUGUCGGCGUCGUGGAAUACAGCGAUAAACAGUACGAAGAGAUUAAACUAAAUGAAUACUACAACAUGGAGUCUCUACGCGAGGCAAUACGAUUAAUAAAACCUAGCGAAGGUGCCACCUCAAGAAUAGGAGAAGUCAUCAAAUUCGUGCGAGAACAGAUUUUCCUUCGAGAUGAAUCAAGUCGUAGCGGUGUUAGGAAAGUUUUAGUCAUUUUGACAGACGGUAAUGAGUAUACUGAAGACAACCCACAAUCUGAAGCAGAUUUGAUAAUGAAAUCUGGCGUGAGAGUACUUGGUGUAGCUGUUGGUAACCAACCAAAUUUAAAGAGUUUCAGUAGAGUUAUUAGUCCAACUGAAAAUCUCUAUGCAGUCAAUCAAGCUGGUAGUUUGGGUCGGCUCGUUCCCUCUGUUGCAAGAGAUAUUUUGAGAAUUACCAAAGCUGCGUCGGGUUCUCUUCUGGAUAUUGCGUUUAUUGUUGAUGGUUCCGGUGACAGCAGUCCUCAAUUUGAAGACAUCAAAUACCUCGUGAAAACAUUUGUGUCUACACUGGACGUCGGCAGUGACAAAGAUCAUGUUGGUAUUGUUGAAUACGGAAAUACAGCAAGAAUAGUUCUACCUUUUGAUUGGCUGAAUAAUGUCCAGUCAAUCAAUCAGUUUAUUGACGGUAUCCGAUAUAGCGGUGGCUCGCCGAGACUCGACCGAGCUCUUGCAAAGACCAGAGAAUUAUUCAAGAUUGAGAGAGGGUAUCGUCCUGGAGUAAGUAAGGUUGCAGUGUUGGUGGCGAAUAGCCAGUUUGAUGGCCAAGACACUGCUUUACAGCAGGCAGUGCAGGAACUAAGAAGAGAUGGUAUAAGGUUGUAUGUUAUUGGUUCCAACAAGCCAGAUGAGAAUCGCUUACAAACACUAGCUCCCAGAAAUGAUAUCAGAAGGAUUACGAGGUUCCUGGAUGCAGGGGAUACAGUAAAGGAGGUUGUAAAGUACAUAGCAGAUCAGGACAAAGCCAACACUCCUGUUUACGAUAUCGUCUUCGCUCUGGGUGCAACUGGCCAGUCUCGAUCCACCAUAUUUGAUCUGCAGAAAAGCUUCGUAGAAAAUGUUAUUAACUUCCCUUCAAAUGCUGACCGCAAUUACGGUCUCAUCCUGUAUGGUCCCUCUAGCAGCAUUAUAAGACGCCUUGAACAACCGAAAGAUGAUCAAGCAUUUCUACAAACAAUGAACAGGCUUACAUUGCCAAACUCUGAAAUUACGGACAUGAUGUCUGUUCUAAAUUUGGCUCCAGACCUCUUUCGAUCCAGGUCUUCUGAUUCCAACAAGAUCUUGGUGUUGUUCACGAACAGUCCGUUGCCACAGGACGUCAGUGCCUUAGCAACAGCAGCACGCGGCUUAAAUCGUCGUAAUAUUAAAGUGGUGGUGGUCAAUAUCGGGUUGCGAACCGAUCAUUCAAACUGGUUACCAGAUCCUACCUUUGUUAUCAAUGCAAAUCCGAGAAAUUCCGAUCAAAGAAGUACAACUCAUAGAAUUGGAAGUAUCGUUUACAGAGCGCCAUGUUAUGCGUCCACGUGUCGUUAUUUUGCUACAUGUAUCCCUCAUCCUGAUAGUUCAAUUACCUGCGAAUGCCCGACAUCUUGCCCGCACAUACCUGACGUUGGACAGGUCUGUGGUAGCAAUGGACGGACGUACGAAAAUCACUGCGCUUUAAGAAUCGAUGUUUGCCGCAAACAGAUUGAUGUAACCGUGAAGAAUACUGGACGUUGUGUGAUUCAAACUCCAGUGGACAUUGGUUUUCUUCUCGAUGGCUCUGGUAGUGUGGGCAAACAAGGUUUCCGUCGCGUCUUAAACUUCGUCAACCAAGUCGUGUCGGCCUUCAACAUUUCUCGUGAUACUGCCCAAGUUGGCGUAACUGAAUUCAGCAAUAGUCCUGUCAUUCAAAUCCAACUAAACGAUUUUCAGAACUCCAAGUUGCUUCAAGACAGAAUUACCAACAUCGAGGACUCUGGUGGACGGACAAGAACUGAUACCGCCCUGAGGAUUAUGUCUCAGGAAUUCUUCAGCCAUGACAAAGGAUCCCGAGCAGGGGUACCAAAGGUCCUUGUUGUUGUAACUGACGGAAAGUCGACAGGAAGUGAGCCGCUCUCUGAGGCUGUUAAAGGAUUGCGUCGAAAGGGUGUGAUUGUAUAUUCAGUCGGUAUAGGAAAGCACAUUAACAUGGAAGAACUGAAGGAUAUCAGUAGAACGGAAGAAGAUGUUUUUAGGUCGAAAGAUUUUGACUCGACUGGCUUGCUUGCUCCUGUAUUGGUUGAAAAGAUUGCCAGUGAUCUUACAGAUCUUUCAACAUCUAACAUGGACGUAAUAUUCGCCAUGGGAGCUUACGGAUCUACAGCAAACAUUGCGUUCAACCAAGAAAAAGCUAUCAUGAGCGCCAUAGUUGAUAAGCAAGGUUCUUCAAAAGUGAAAUAUGGUCUCAUACAGUAUGGUAUCGACUCAGCUGAAACACUGAAACGUUUAUCACAGUUCACGAGUAAUUUGGACUUCAAAAGAUUUGUUGCGGCUAGUGAACUCAAAACUCGUGGUAGGGCAUUAAUAUCGGCUAUGGAUAAAGCUAGUGAGGAGUUCUUAUUAAGCAGUGCAAGACGGAAGGUUCUGGUCGUGUUGCGAUAG